AUGCUCAAGAUCGCAAAGUUUGCGAAAGAUAUGGUCGACGUUACGCAGGCCAAGGUUCCCGAGGCAGAUGCAUUUACCGCCAGAGAUAUUACGACUGUUAUCGUCCAGGUUAUGGCCCUCCGCAAGGAGGUGGUGAGCUACUACAACAAGCUGGUGAUCUGGAAGAAGGGCCACAAGGCGGCCAAGGAGUCGAUUAAGCCUGUCAUUCCCACCCUCCCCACGCCUGCCAGCACGCCAAAGAACUGCCCUGCCUCUGUUUAA